AUGGGCUUGAAUAUGACUAAAUGGUACGAGAUGGUGGCAUUCGAUAUCCUUGGAGAGUUUGGAAAGCCACACUUUUGGUCAUCAUUAGUUGAGGAUCAUUUAUAUUUUAUCACUGUCGCAGACAAUUUCCGCCAUUUUUCUGUGGUUGCUUUAAUGGCCAAGCUUCUUUCCCCUAUUCUGGACGACAUCCGAAAAAAGCAUACCGGAUACACAAGGAAUAAAGUGGCCCGACUUAUUAAUUCGUCCUCAAACCGCAGGGAUUUCAUGGCUAAUCUUAUUGGUAAGGUCGAGUCAAAUGAGAUGGAUCGGGAAGAGCUCACUGCCCACGCUUCUACCCUGGUAAUCGCUGGCGGGGAAACAGUAGCGACCUUUCUUGCUGCGGCAACCUUUUAUCUCCUAAGAAAUCCCGAAAAGUUGAAAGAUGAAAUCCGCGGAAAGUUCAAGACUUACGAGAAAAUUGAUCAUGUUGCUGCGCAAGCUCUGCCUUACUUGCAAGCCGUUAUCAGCGAGGGACUACGUAUCUAUCCACCCGGCUCCCAAGGAUUUCCUCGAGUUUCUCCCGGUGUUUCUAUCGAUGGGGUGUGGGUUCCUGCGGGCACGGAAGUUUAUACAAGUGCGUGGACAGUGACACACGAUGAGGCUAACUUCCAUGAUCCCCACACUUUCAAACCAGAACGGUGGAUUGACCCAGAAUGCACUGAUAUUAAGGAGGCCAGUCAGCCAUUUUCUCUUGGCACUCGAGCCUGCCUUGGGCGAAAUGUCGCCUAUAUGGAGGUCAAUCUCAUUCUUGCUCGAAUGAUAUGGACGUAUGAUAUGACAUUGAUCAACAAGUCAAUGGACUGGGAAGCAGAGAGCUCUUUGCAUGUCAUGUGGUCGAAACGUGAGCUUAUAGUACAAUUUCAUCAGGCGAGGUCAUAG